UAUAAAAGUCGGUCAUACACUGAAGAUAUCCCUUCGACUCUCGCGGGCUCUCGAGCUAGGGUUUUAUCAUUCUCUUGAUUUAAGCUCCUUUCGCUCUCUUGAAAUUUCUAUAUUAGAAAUUUUUUGAAUGGAUUUCAGAGGCGCAAAAAGGAGAGGUAGGCCCGAGGGUGCGUUCAAUGGCAGUGGCGGUUUCAAGAAAUCCAAGCAAGAAAUGGAGUCCUUUACAACUGGUAUAGGAAGCAAAUCGAAGCCAUGCACAAAGUUUUUCAGUCCUUCUGGAUGUCCUUUUGGGGAGGGAUGCCACUUCUUGCAUUAUGUCCCUGGCGGCAUUAAGGCUGUCACUCAGAUGCUGGGCAGCAAUCCAGCCCUUCCAGCAGCUGCUAGAAACCCUGUAGUCCCACCGUCUUUUCCAGAUGAAUCAUCCCCUCUGGCCGUAAAAACUCGUUUAUGCAACAGAUACAGCUCAGCUGAGGGGUGCAAGUUUGGUGACAAAUGCCAUUUUGCACAUGGUGAGUGGGAGCUCGGGAAGCCAUCUGUUUCAUCAUAUGAGGAUCCUCGUGCUAUGUCAGGAAGAUAUGCUGGCGACCGUUUGGAGCAAACUCCAUCAAACCUUGGAGCUGCAGCCAGCUUUGGAGCCUCUGCCACAGCUAAAAUCAGUGUUGAUGCUUCUCUUGCAGGAGCGAUCAUUGGAAAAGGCGGGGUGAACUCAAAGCAAAUAUGCCGCUUGACAGGAGCCAAACUCGCUGUAAGAGAUCAUGAAUCCGAUGCUAACUUAAGGAACAUUGAACUCGAGGGUACAUUUGAUCAGAUCAAAGAGGCCAGUCAAAUGGUACGUGAACUCAUUGUUAAUGUUAGUUCUUCUUUGGGACCACCCAAAAGGCAUCCUGUGAUGCCAGGUCAAGCUCCUGCUAGCAACUUCAAGACAAAGCUUUGUGAGAACUUUGCCAAAGGAUCCUGUACUUUUGGAGAACGGUGCCACUUUGCACAUGGAGAAGAAGAAUUGCGCAAGCCAGGGGUAUGAACUUUUUCGGUUCUCUUUCUUAUUGUUCUCUUGUCCUUCGGUCUCGUGACGUCCUCAGUGCUGUCCGUCUUCUCAACAUCAGUGAAAUAGAUAGAUUAAGAUCGUAAUUUAAGAUUUUUGGUUUUGAUAUGUCAAUAUUUCAUUUCUGUUGGUGAAAAUUAUCACUUGUCUUUAUGAUUUGAUUUACUUGUUUUGUUGCUCUCGUGUAAACUUUUGGAGGCUGCUUCGUUUUGCCCAUGGUUUCAUCCAGAGGCACUGACUCAAACUCUGUAUUUGGUGCUAUUAAUAAUUUGGAGCUUCACUGAAUACAUGGUGGCUAAAGGCUGUUGUCUUGCA